AACUUCUUCCUGUUUCCGCAAAACAUAUAAAUAUGAUACACUUAAGGUCAUCAUUAUAGCAAGAGAUAGACAUAGAUACUACUAUAUCUGUCUCUUUGUGUGUCUUUUGCGUAGAUUCGCGUGCCAGUGUUGAAGAUCCUUGCCUCUUCUUAGUUUCAUGGCGGCAAGUCCAGAUCGUACCCCUGAAGAAAAACCUGCUGAACCAGAUAACAUGAAGGAACAGCCUCAUUCAGUGAAAAAUGAGGUGUCAGUUUCCCCUAACUCUUCUCAGGAUGCUGCCACAAUGGUCCCUCGAAGGGAUGGUGCAGGUCAAGCAGGCUCUUUUGGUUCAGGAGGAGAUUGCUCUGUUUACCCACCUGAUGUCUAUGCUCCUCAGGCCCAGCCCUUCUACUAUCGAGGUUAUGACGGUGCCAAUGGUGAAUGGGAUGAAUAUUCUCCAUACGUCAAUGCUGAGGGAUUGGAAAUAGGAUCCCCUGGUGUCUACAAUGACAAUUCUUCUCUACUGUUCCAUUCUGGAUAUGGCUACAAUCCGCAAAUGCCAUAUGGACCAUAUUCCCCGGUCACAACACCUUUGCCUUCUGUAGGUGGAGAUGCACAAAUAUACUCUCCCCAGCAAUUUCCAUUCUCUGGGCCACCUUAUUACCAGCAGUUAGUUCCUCCUAGCAUGCCAUACCUUACUUCACCAACUCCAGUUUCACAGCCAGAGCUGACUAGCUUAGUAAGUGUUGACCAACAAUGUGAUAGAAUGAUUUUUGGACAAAGGCCAGCUUAUCCUCCUGUGGGAUCCUUCAACAGAGGCAGCUUUCCUGGUGGUCUAGGUUAUCAUGAUUCUCAGCAAGGAAUUGAUGGGUUAAGAUCUGGAGGACUUUGGUCGGAUUGGUCUAAACCUUCAGACAGGCAGAGGUCUUUGAUGCCAUUCUCACCAGCAGUAUCUCCACAGCCUAUUGGCCCACUUGGGUCAUUUGGACAGAAUGUUGGAAUGGCUUCUCCACAGCAAAAGUCAUUGUAUGGGUUGGGAUCUGGCUCAAACUCCUAUAAUAGAGGCUAUCUGCCCAGUGGUUUCAAUCAGGGCUCAAGCUUUGGAAGUGCAUCCAUUUCUGGUUUGGGACCAAACAGUCGGAGCUGGCUUUCAAUUGAAAAUAGCAGAAGACAUCUCAGGGUUAGUGGUUCUCUAUGCAGUUGUAAUGGUACUCCCGAUAUCCUCAGUGAGCAGAACCGAGGACCAAGAGCCUCAAAGCCAAAGAGUCAAAUCACAGCUGACAAUAAUUCUUCGGUUGACAAUAAUAAGAGGAGCACAUCUACUGCCAACACCCAUGACAAUGCAUAUAACCGGCCAGAUUUUGUCACCGAGUACAAGGAUGCCAAGUUCUUCAUCAUUAAAUCUUACAGUGAAGAUAAUGUCCACAAGAGUAUUAAAUAUGGUGUCUGGGCCAGCACACCAAAUGGGAAUAGAAAAUUAGAUGCUGCUUAUCUUGAAGCCAAGGAGAAGCAAGAUACUUGCCCGGUCUUCCUAUUCUUUUCGGUGAAUGCCAGUGCUCAGUUCUGUGGAGUGGCUGAAAUGCUUGGACCUGUUGAUUUUGACAAGAGUGUGGAUUACUGGCAGCAAGAUAAAUGGAGUGGGCAGUUUUCUGUCAAGUGGCAUAUAAUCAAAGAUGUCCCAAAUAGUCAGUUCCGUCACAUUGUUCUUGAGAAUAAUGACAACAAGCCUGUAACUAAUAGUCGAGACACCCAGGAGGUGAAAUUAGAACAAGGUAUUGAGAUGUUGAACAUUUUGAAGAAUUAUGAAACAGAGAUGUCCAUUCUAGAUGAUUUUGAUUUCUAUGAGGAGCGGCAGAAAGCGAUGCAAGAAAGGAAGGCGAAACAGCAAGCGGGGCCGGUGGGUGUUGGAGUAGUUGGCGAUAGUGAACACAGAAAUGCUGUAACGAUAUCUGGUGAUUUCAUUAAGCAGAUGUCGAAGAGCUUUGCCCAAGUUGUUCGCAUGGAUGAGGGUAGUAAAGAAGCAAGUCUUACAGAAAGAGCUACUUCUGCCUCAGAUGCCUCAGUGGGUGCUAGAGUCAAACUUGAAGAUUCUCUUUUGGCAGCCGUCUCUUCUGCUCAUACCAUUUAGGGCAACAUACCACAUGGAUUCUACUCCAUUUUGUUUGAUCCAAAAUCACUUUCUUAAAAGAUGUCGAAAUGAAAAGGUCUUACAAGUUUUACGAAGCUGAUAGGGUUUGUUAUGAUAUGUGCAUUCUGAGUGCUCCUUUUCAGUUGUAGUAGUCAUCAGUUCUUCAUUUUCUGUCAUAAGCUUCUGCUUUUGGGUGAGACUAGUCUUGUUAUUUGUUAAGAUAAGCUGCCCAUCAUUGCAGGCACUACUUCAAUGAAAAGCAAUGCAGUAAAAGACCUCAAAAGGAACACCUUAAAGAUGGGGUGAAUUUCUUGAUUGAAUAAACAAAAUAUGGUAAGAUGUGCUUGCGCCCCAUGAACACUAGCACCUCUAUUACUAA